CGCAGCCCAGGCUCGGACGGGCCCCAUCCCGUCCCGUCCCGUCCCGUCCCGUCCCGUCCCCUGCGAGCGCCGUCCCCGCCGCCGCCGCAGCGAUCGCUCCCGCCGGUCGCGGCGGGCCGGCGCCAUGGCGGUGCGCGGGGUGCCGUGCCUGGCCUGGUGCCUCCGCCGAGUCGGGGCCAGCGGCGACUGGCUCCUGCUGGAGGCCGGCACGCAGGUGACUAUUGGCCGAGGAUUAGAUAUCACGUACCAGCUGGUGUCAAAAACCUGUCCCUUGAUGAUCUCUCGUAAGCACUGUGUCUUCCAGCAGAAUGCAGAAGGGCAGUGGACUGUCAAGGAUAACAAGAGUCUAAAUGGAGUUUGGCUUAAUAAACAGCGCCUGGAUCCAUCAAAAGUCUAUCCUAUUGCUGAAGGAGACCGUAUCGAGUUGGGAGUGCCUUUGGAAAACAGAGAGACUGCUGAAUAUGAGUAUGAAGUAAUUAAAGACGAAUGGGAGAAAAUUAGACCCUUUUUAGCCCAAAGAAGUGACCUGGGGAAAGCUAAGUGUUCAAGGCCUAAACGUAAAUUUAGUUUGGAGGAAUUGGAGACAUGCGGAUCAGAAGGUCCCUCAAACUCCAGAUGCAAAAGAGACAGAAUGUCCUGUGGCAAUGAACCUUUAGAUAAAUCAUGGGGGCAGGCAGAAGAGGCCAAAUGGCUAACAGAGAAGAUGGAUGUCAAGAUGCUUUCUCCUGGACCCAGUGAGGGGGAUAGUGGUCCAGUGCAUGGUAGCCCUGUUCACUCCAAGAAAGCUGUGACUGUCCCCCAGAAGGACCAGAAAGGCUCUGGUCUUGUAGAGUCAUGGACUGGCUUGAAAAAGCUGAGGAAAUCUCUAGAAGAUACAAUGAAAUUAAAGGUCAAAGUGCAGGAGAAGCAGACUGCAGUUCUGAAUGUGAAGCAGAAGCACAGGAAGUGUGAUCAGAAGGAGAUCCUAGUAAUGGAACAGGAGCUGCAGGAGUUGCAGAACCAACUCUGCAUGGAACAAGAGCAUCAGCAGCAGCAGGUGGAAGAGCUGGAGAGGACAUUCUGUAAAGAGCAGCAGAAGCUAGAGGGAGAAAAGUGUCAACAAGGGGAAGAGAAUCUGAAGGAGCAGCUGGCCCAGGUCCUGCAAGAGCAUCGUGCUUUGAUGGAAGAACUGAAUCGUAAUAAAAAAGAUUUUGAGGAGAUAAUUCGAGCCAAGAAUAAAGAACUGGAAGAAACCAAGGAGGAGAAGGAAAAGGUGAGAGCCCAAAAAGAAGAGGUGCUGAAUCAGAUGAAUGAUGUGUUGGAGAAUGAGUUGCAGUGCACAAUCUGUUCUGAGCACUUUAUUGAGGCAGUCACUCUGAACUGUGCACACAGCUUCUGCUCCCACUGUAUCAAUGAGUGGACAAAACGUAAAGUGGAGUGCCCUAUCUGCAGGCAGGAGAUCAAAUCAAAGACACGCUCUCUGGUGCUGGAUAACUGCAUUAACAGGAUGGUAGAAAAACUGGAUGUGGAAAUGAAAGAGCAUCGCCUGAGCCUUAUCAGAGAGCGGAAAGAGAAACAGAAUGUGAUGGUGAAACCAGCCACAGACAGUGACAACUGUGUCCCUUCUACCACCAUCUCCAUCUUGUCAAUGAGCAGCUGUGACAGUGAGGACUCUGACGAGGAUUCUUCCUAUAGUGAAAGCUACUAUGUUAUCUGAACAUUGUUACUGCAGACUCAUUGCCCCUGUGCUGCCUAGAACCAACCUAUAAUGGUGUUUGGUUGACUGCUGCUGGAGGAGUGGACUCGGCACCUGGAGGGGACCUGUGAAGAGGCUGGAGCUGUAAACUAGCAGCAUUUGGAAGAAGAAUCUUGUUUUCCAAAUGAAUGCACAGAAGCUUGAUCUCUAAAACAAAAUUGGGUUUGUGAGAGAACCGACUGCCAUUAUGCUGGCUAAUUGACUUACAAACCCUAAACUUUCAUAUUAGCUUGUGACCUGCUCAGUGUAAUGAAGGAGUUUGUAUUGCAUCAUUGCUCUUUCCUUAGUGAAUUACAUGUUUACAUCAGCAUCUCUUAUUUCAAGCAUCAGAGGGAAUGUCCCAAGCCUUUUGAGAACUUGGCCAUCCCCACCAGCAGGCAGGAGUUAGCUAUAUCAGGAAAAAGUCUCAACGUGGGUUUUCCUCUUGAAUUUCAUAUGGCAACUAGAGUCAUCCCAGGCCUUUGGCAUUAAAGGUGAUAAAAGGGUGGGAUAUGGACGCUGUUGGCAUUGUAAGCUAGCUGUUGGCCAUCGGCUUGCUCCCUUUAUGUAGCCCAUUUUCCAUUAGAUAGGGAUAGAGGAGAUUAAAUCUUCCAGAAGUCUUUAGAUAAUGUUCUUUUCAUGUAGUGUCUUUGGUUUGUUCCCUCUUCAGGCUUUUGCAUAAAGGGUUUUAGAACUGGGAAGCAGCACAUCCAGAAAUUUUUAGCAAUGACUUUAAAAACAUAUAAUCAGCAGCAAGAGAGGAACCUCUGAGUCUUCAGGUGUGCUGCUCUCCAAAUUACUGAAAUGUCCUGUUGGCAGGGUAGGAAAGCAGCAUCUGUAGACAACCACAAGGUACAGAAUGAAGCACUUCAUUUACUGUUUACAAGACAUUAACUGCUGAGGUGUGGGUUGUACUACCCUUAUGGCAAAUCACUUGUUCAUAAGAGACCAAUCAAGUCUUGCCUCAUCCUAUCAUGUAUUUGUCGGUUGAGUUCAAUUUUCUAGUGACUUAUGCUUUUGACUUAGCUGUUACAUGGAAAGGACAUUUACACUGUGAGAACAGAAUGGGGAAGCCCUUCUUAUCUGUAAUAUUUCUUUGGCUCUUUGUAUAUACAUUUUUGUUUCUAUGUUUAUUUUGUUUAAGAUCAAAAAUAUAAAUCCAUUUCUGCAUUAGUCUUCUUUAGUGCAGCCACUGAGAUGUCUUUUAGUUGUCUUUAGACUUUUUUGAGAAAACAGACUAUCUAAUUUAAUGACUUUGCUUCAUGUUUUGAAUGCUGUAUGCAGUGUGACUGCUGUAAAGUUAAUUGAAAGAUGUUUGUAUUCAGGAACUGAUCAAAGACAGCCCAAUCCUUCAAGACUGUCUCUACCCUAAUGCUAAUUUAAUAGCUACAAUCAUACCUCUUACCUGCUUCCCCCAAGAAAGAUCCCAUUAAAAAGGUGCAUGAAUGAUGUCCUAAGGAAGUAGUGUAUUCUGACAAAUUUGGUCAGUAGGAUUUAAACAGGAGAGGCCUGAUCAGUGGGCCAGGCAGCUUGCUUAAAACUUCAGUGUAAGGUUUCUUUUGUGAAGGAGACAUUACAUCUUCUGUAUUCUUCUUUCUCUUUUAAUGUUCACUUUCUGUGUGUGCUCUUGAGAGUUUCUUUUGUGAAUAGAUGCUUUCUAGAAUGAGCAAGAGAAGAGCAUUCCUCAAAAUGCUCAUGAAAUAGGCUGAUGUGGAACAGGCAUUUCCAAUGAAGAGGAGUAGAAGGAAAAUACUCUGGUUACAUAGGACUGCAAAUUCUUCGGCUCUGUACCUCUUCCAUACUGCUGUGCUUUUUUUCUCAUUUCAUUUUGCAAAAUACAUAUUUAUUUUAUUAUGUUGGUGUUUAUGCAUAUUGCAGAGAAGGAUAAUACUUCCCCUGGUAACAAAGUGGUAAUCUUUG